AGGCCUCAAGGCAAUUCAUUCACAUCAGCCUCGAUUUUCUGGCAUCAAGGCUCACAAAACCCAAUCAAUCCACGAUCCAGCCUAAGGAAGGAGCUUCAAUUAUCCAAUUUCAUCGCUUUUUACUACCUACUCACCAACAAGAGCAAAACCCCCCUGUUACAGAGAUGCAUCAAAGCCCAAAUCUGCACGGGAAGUCCUGCUCGCGUGAAUCCAAGUUUUGGAGCCGGCGCUUUCGUACUAGGACUAUUAUGUUACUACCAAAAGAAGAAAAUCACGGUACUGUUGUUGCAGCGAUAGAGGCCACAAACGCCCAAGAUCGAUCAAUAAAAACCCACAAUCACCAAACAAGGCGGAUCUUCGGCUUGAACUAUCGUCAUACACACGAUAUUUCACAAGACCCAAUCGGUUGCCUGAAACUAGCCCAUAAGAUCUACCUCGCUUCGAGCCGGCAAGUGUCAGAGGAUCCCCUGCCACUGUUGAGCCACCCCGACAAUGUUUCGGCCGUGUAA